AUGGCCGACGAAUUCGCUCCCCCGCCGGGCCCCCCGCCUCCCAAGGCCCCUGAGGUCCCUCCCGGCUGGGUUGCCCGCUGGAAUGACCAGUACAAAGAAUGGUUCUACGUAAACCUCCACACUAAGCAGUCCCAAUGGAACAAGCCGACCGAGCCCGCCUUGCCUCCACCCCCGCCCGCGGCAGACGCCCACCCGGGCGGUCCUCCCCCCGGCUACGCCCCGCGCCCGGGUGACUCGACGCCGCCCGUAGACCAAAAGGUCAACCCAUACGACCAGAAGCAAAACCCCUACGAGAACCAGUCCUCAACGCCCCAGCCCUACGGCGCUAGCAGCUCCAACGCCAUGAGUGAGGACGAGCGUCUCGCCCGCCAGCUCCAGGCCGAGGAGGAGGCCCGCGCCCGCGGCGCCAACUCGCACUCUCCGAUGCCCCCUGGCUACAACCCACAGCAGCAGCAGCAAUCCCAGAGUCCUUUCCCCAAUCAGCUUCCGCCCCGCGCGCAGGAUACGAGGGGCAAGAGCGGCGGCGGCGGCUUCCUCGGCAAGCUGCUCGGCAAGGCUAAGACGGGUGGCUCGGGCAGCCACGGGCAGCCGCAGUACGGCGGAUAUCCUCCCCAGCAGGGAUACGGCGGCUACCCGCCUCAGCAGCAGUACGGGGGCUACCCUCCCCAGCAGGGCUACGGAGGCUACCCUCCUCAACAAGGUUACGGGGGCUAUCCCCCGCAGCAGGGCUACGGCCCACCCGGGGGCUACGGCAUGCAGGGCGGUGGCGGCCGGAAACCCGGCGGCGGCGGCAUGGGCAUGGCGGGCGGACUAGCGCUCGGUGCCGGUGCCGGUCUGCUCGGUGGCGCACUGAUCGCGGACCACGUCAACGACGAGCAGCAGGAGGCGUACGCUGACGGCUACAAUGACGGCCAGGACGGCGAUGACUUUGGCGGUGGAGACGACUUUGGCGGCGACUUCUAA